CUUGAAAUGAAGCGCAAAUUGACAACCCAAUGUUUGAAGCCCACUAAAGACCACAAAAAAACAAAUCCCACGUGAAAUUUGAUGCCCUAGCUCCAUCUUCUCCUUCGCGCUGCUACUUUCCUCUUCUUCUACAAUUGAAGCUCGUUGCUCAGCCUGUUCUUGCUCGAAUUGAAGCUCGCUUCUUAGCCUGCUGCCCUGCUCCCUCGAAUUUGAUGCCCACGCUGGUGCUGUUCUUGCCCACGCUGCUUCUCAGGCUGCUCCCUCUUCUUCUUUAACCAAAGCUCGCUGCUCAGUCCACUCAAGGUAAUUUGUUUCGCCAUUUUUCUUCAAAUGUUCUUCAUUUUUUCUUUCAAUUUGAGUACUGAUACUUUCAUUGAUUUGGUGAUUUUGAUGAAUUGAUUUUUUUGAAAUUUUAAUUUGAUUUAUGUAUUCAAUUUGCAUACUUUAAUUUUCGUAAUUUUAAUUUGAUUUAUCAUUUAUGUAUUUGCAGCAGUUUAAAUGUCUAAUGGUGAAUUCAAAUUGAUUUAUGUAUUUAAAUUCGAAAAUUGCAGCAGACAACGGUUAAUUUGAAUUAUGUAAAUUCGAAAAUUGCUGGCUUAAUAAGGCAGGACUGCAGGAGGGUGAAUUGUCUUUAGAAUUGUGAAUUUAUUGUGAAGUUGUUGCUGCUUUCUGCUUGCAAAGACUCAGCCUUAAUAAGGCAUAUGAUAAUGAUAGUUGUUGUGACUGUUGUGACUUGUGAGCUGCUUGUGAUAAUUGGAGACUUGGAGUUGCUUAACAACACUCUUAAAUCUGAAUGUCUAAUAUUCUGAAAUUUUGAAUGCCUCUUUGAUCGGUUUCUUAAUUAGUAGUAUAUGAUCGUGAAUUGGUGAUCAAUGCUUGGCUAUUAGUAGUAUAUAUAUGAUGGUGAAUUGGUGAUCACUGAUCAAUGAUUACAAUAUUGCAUAUUUACAAGUUCUAGAAUAUGGCAAGUUCUUCCAAAAAAAAAGGAAAAAUGCACCGGGAACUAGAUCAGACCCAGGAUGGGAACAUGGCAUAGAGGUGGAUAAAAGCACUAGGAAAGUGAGGUGUAAAUAUUGUAGUAUUGUGCGUUCUGGUGGUAUUUUCAGGCUAAAACAUCACUUAGCUGGCACUCACCUUAAUGUUGAACCUUGCCUUCAAGCCCUUGAUGAUGUCAAAGAGGAAAUGAGAGCUUUAUUACAUUAGAGUGAACAAGAAGCAACAAAGAAGAAAAAGAAAUAUUCUGAUAUUGGUGAGGAUGAUGAAUACGAAACUGAAGUGCACCAAGUAGUCAAUGCUUCUCAACGAAAGGGUAAGGGACCUAUAGAUUCUUAUGUGACUUCAAAGAGGAGUUCAGUACAAACCACUCUUAAUCAAAAGUACAAAAGAGAAGAAAGAGAUGAAGUUUGCCAACAAAUUGCACGGUUUUUCUAUACUAGUGUUAUUCCUUUUAAUACUGCCAAUAAUCCAGAGUUUGUUUUGAUGGUUGAAAAGAUUGCAAAGUACGGAAUUGGAUUGAAGCCGCCAAGUUAUCAUGAGAUUAGGGUGCCUCUUUUGAAUAAGGAAGUAGCUAGUGUAAUGGAUAUGCUUGAAGAAUUUAAAGCUGAAUGGAAGCAAACAGGUUGCACUAUCAUGUCAGAUGGCUGGAGUGAUAGAAAGAGAAGCAGAUAAAGUGUUAGAAAUGCUAGAUGCCGUUGUAGAAAAGGUAGGAGAGGAAAAUGUGGUGCAAAGUGUGUUUGAUAAUGCCGCAAACUACAGAGCUGCUGGAGAGUUGUUAAUGGAAAAGAGGACAAAAUUGUUUUGGACUCCAUGUGCUGCUCAUUGUAUUGAUUUGAUGUUAGAAGAUUUGGAUAAGAAAAUCAGAGUGCAUAGUCUGACAAUUGUGAAAGGCAGGAGGAUAACAACUUUCAUAUACUCUAGAACAAUGGUUCUUACUUGGCUAAAGGAGUUCACGAAUGGAAGAGAAUUAAUACGGCCUAGUGUAACUAGAUUUUCUACCUCUUACUUCACUUUAAGAUGUCUAAAUGAGCAAAAAGGUCUAUUAUUAGCCAUGUUUACAUCUUCAAAGUGGAGAUCAUCUAGGUUUGCUGCUUCUUUAGAAGGAAGGAAGGUUCAACGAAUUGUUUUGGAUACUCGUGGGUUUUGGAGUAGUGUAAUAGUGUGUUUGAAAGCUACUCUUCCCUUAGUUAAAGUGCUCAGAAUGGUGGACUAGGACGAACCUUCCAUGGGAUUCAUUUAUGAGGCAAUAGAGCUAGACAAAGUUCAAGUCAAAGAAAACUUCAACAACGUGGAGAAAAUUACAAACCUGUGUUGGACAUUAUUGACGAGCGUUGGGAAGCUCAACUCCACAGACCAUUACAUGCUGCCGGUUAUUUUUUGAACCCACAAAUUCAUUAUCGACCAAAUUUUAAACCUAGUGCAGACAUAAAGAUUGGCUUGUAUGCUUGUUUGUCAAGAAUGGUCCAUGACCCUGAAGAGAGAGUUACAAUUGAUUUGCAAAUCGAUAACUUUCAUAAUGCAAGAGGGUUGUUUGGAUUGCCUACUGCUGUGAUGACAAGAGAUAAAAAAAUCUCCAGGGAUGAAUGCCCAGAACUGAAGAAAUUUGCUACAAGAAUUUUGGGCUUAACAUGUAGCUCAUCUGGUUGUGAACGGAACUGGUGUGCUUUUGAGAUGGUGCAUAUAAAGAAGAGGAACCGUUUACACGCCCAAAAGAUGAAUGAUCUGGUGUUUGUAAUGUACAACCUUAAAUUGAAGCAAAAACAACUAAAGCGAGCUUCCAAGUAUCAACCCCCAGUUGUUCCUGUUUUAGAUGACUUGUCAUCAGAUGAUGAAUGGAUAACAGAAAUUGAGGAUCCUGUUCUUCCAGAAGAUGGAGCAUGGUUGAAUGUCCUUGAUAGAGCAGCAAGAAGAGCAGCUAAAGAAGCCUCGAAUAUAAUGCCUGGGAAUGAGGAAGAAAUCAAUCAAUCACAAAAUGCGGGUGUCGAGCAACUUGUAAUCAGUGACGACGAGAAUGAUGUGGCUGCUUGUGUUGCUUCAAAUGAGGUUCAUGAUUCUGGAAACUUAGAAACUGAUUUUGGGGAUGGUGAUGGUGAUGAUUAUGAUUAUGAUGAUCUCAAUGUCACGGGAACAGGAACAUCGGGGGCAUUAAAUGAUUUCAUUGAUGACGGAAAUUUCUGCUAUGAUGAAAAUUAAUUUGUGUUGUUGGUUAUUUACUUAUUUAGAUUAAUUACUAAAAGUUGUAAUGCUUAAAAAAUAUUUUCCUUGUAUUAUUUGGAUUUUUAAGCUUUAAAAUAACAUUUAUAGUAUUUUGUUAACCAUGUAUGACACUUAUAUUGAUCUUAUGUAAGGAAAAGUGUGUUUUUGGGUCUUA